AUACAAUGGCUGAUUUUGACGAGAUUCCUGACCUUGUACCUGUCUCUUCGGAAAACAUCCCGACUUCAACUCAAGAAGAGGAAGGGCAUCGCAAGAUCCCUGUAACAAUUGUAACAGGAUUCUUGGGAAGUGGAAAGACUACUCUUUUAAAUUACAUCUUGACAGAGAAACAUGAGAAGAAGAUCGCGGUUAUUUUAAAUGAAUUUGGAGAAAGCAGUGACAUUGAAAAAUCAUUGUCGAUCAACCAAGAAGGAACCCUGUACGAGGAAUGGCUUGAACUCCGCAAUGGAUGUUUAUGCUGCUCUGUCAAGGAUGUUGGUGUAAAAGCAAUUGAGAGUCUCAUGGAGAAAAGAGGAAAAUUCGAUUAUAUCCUACUGGAGACAAGUGGGUUGGCAGAUCCUGGGCCAAUAGCAUCUAUGUUCUGGUUGGAUGAUGGUCUUGGUAGUGAGAUUUACCUCGAUGGUAUUGUUACCCUAGUGGAUGCUAAGCACAUUGGACAGUAUAUGACAGAAAAGAAAGAAGACACAAUGAUUAAUGAAGCACUUAAGCAAAUUGCCAUCGCUGACCGAAUUGUCCUUAACAAAGAAGAUUUAUUAACAGAACAAGAAAUGAAUGAUCUUGAGAAAGAAAUCAAAACAGUAAAUUCUGUAGCAGAAAUCUUGCGUACAGAACGGUCAAGAAUUCCUUUGGACUUUGUACUUGAUAUUCGUGCCUAUGAUAUCCAUGCUGUAGAUACUGUUGCUGAGCAAGCCAACAAGAUUGAACAUCACGGUAGUGGACAUGCUCAUAAAUUGAGUCACGAUGUCCAAACUGUCUGUAUUCAGUUUUCUACUCAACUGGAUACUCUUGAACAUUUUGAAGCAUGGAUUCAGACUUUGCUUUGGGAAAAGACUAUUCCAACUGUAAAUAAGCAAUUGGUCGCAGCCGAAGAUCCGGUGAUUGUACUGCGCCUCAAAGGCAUUAUACAACCUCCAAAAGAUAGACAAGAUGACAAAAAGAAACGUAUGGUGAUUCAAGGAGUUCAAGAUUUAUAUGAUAUUCAGGAAGGAUACGCAGAAAACAUGCUGGAUAGUGCGAGCAAAAUGGUUCUUAUUGGUAAGAAUCUAGACAAACACAAGCUACUUGCCUCUUUUGCCAGUUGCGUACACCUACCUGUGGAUUGUAUUACCAUCACAUAAUAGCCAUCGCAUCUAUUACUAUGUUAUCUGCCUUUUUUUGUUUUAAUCUGAUAUUUUUAUGGUUCAUACAAUAUAUAAAGAUCUUUUUCAUAUAAUC